GAUUCCCACCGAACCAAACCAAAUCCAUUAAACAAAACUCUCACUCUCACUCUCACACACACACACUCUCUCUCUCUCUCUCUCUCUCUAAAAAAGGAAAUGAAAUUCAACGAAGAAUAGGAGAUAGAAACAAUGGCUCUCCAUCUCCACUCUCACUUUCUUUCACCAAAGCUCGAUACCUCCAAAACCCUCAUUCUCUGUAACUCUUCCAAUGGAUUCCCAAAACCUCUCGCUCUAUUCAAACCCACCUCCUCACCUUCACGUUCACGCUCUCGAUUCCUCUGUUCUUCCUCUUCUUCGUCAAAGGACUCCUCCAACGACCCCAGCAAUUUUUGUAUUAUAGAAGGACCGGAAACUGUUCAGGAUUUUGUUCAGAUGCAGCUAAGGGAAAUCCAAGAUAACAUAAGGAGUAGACGCAAUAAAAUCUUUCUCCUCAUGGAAGAGGUAAGGAGACUGAGAGUACAACAGCGCAUCAAGAAUGUGAAAGUUGUCAACGAGAGCAGUGAGGAAGAAGCGAAUGAGAUGCCAGACAUUCCGUCGUCCAUUCCUUUUCUCCCCUAUGUGACACCAAAGACAUUGAAGCAACUGUACUUGACUAGCGUAUCGUUUAUAUCUGGAAUAAUCAUCUUCGGGGGUUUGAUUGCACCUACACUGGAGCUAAAACUAGGUUUAGGUGGCACCUCAUAUGAAGAUUUCAUACGCAGCAUGCAUUUGCCUCUGCAGUUAAGCCAGGUUGAUCCCAUUGUUGCAUCUUUUUCGGGUGGGGCAGUGGGUGUUAUUUCAGCCAUGAUGUUAAUUGAAGCUAACAAUGUAGAGCAACAAGAGAAGAAAAGAUGCAAGUAUUGCAAUGGAACUGGUUAUUUGGCCUGUGCUCGAUGCUCUGCAAGCGGUGUAUGCUUGAGCAUUGAUCCUCUCUCAGUAUCAAGUGUUUCUGAUCGCCCUUUGCAAGUGCCCACAACUAAGAGGUGUCAAAACUGCUCCGGUGCAGGAAAGGUGAUGUGCCCAACAUGCCUGUGCACCGGAAUGUUGAUGGCCAGUGAACAUGACCCCCGAAUAGAUCCUUUUGACUGAAGAGAAUUGGAGCCUGCUGUAAUUUUCUUGUUUCUAAUGUGACUUACGAGAAAGGAAAAAAAUAAAAGGCCUACUUCAAUUUUCUCAUUGUUGCUCUGAGUCUGAGUAUUAAUCAGGUGAAUUGCCCUGCUUUUGCCAGAGGACUCAGGAGGGAAUAAUUUCUCGCAUUGAUUAUUCGUAGCUAAGCAGCAUUUGCUCCAAAUCAUCAUUAGGAAGGUUUGUCAAUUGCAGUUGUAGUUUACAGUAUCGGCCUUGCAAUCUUUCUGCUGAUAGUUAGAAAUAAAACAAUAUAUAUAAAUGAAUAUUGGCCAAA